CCUGUCUUGUUCACUUCAUCACCCACUUGGAGUGUGUCUUCACACUAUUCCUUGUUUGUUUCCUUAAUUUUGUUCUGUUUUAAGCCAAAGAAAUAUGCUCUCCCCCCAUCUUUCCUCUUUCUUCCUCUCAAAGCUCGUGAAUUUUUACAAGCUCUCUUCUUCAACAAAUCCCUCCCAUCCAAACAAGAAAUAAAUAUCUUUCGUUUUUCUUUUCCUUUUUGUGAUGGGGUUUCGGUAAUAACCAGAAACUGAAUCAGAAUGUUGCCAUUUUCUUACAAGGUUACGUCCAUUUUUUGUGUUAUAUUCCUCUGUUUUGUCCUAAACUUUAACAGAAUCUUUGCAACGAUGGAAUUCGAUUUCGGAACGUUAACUCUCAGCAGCCUGAAACUGCUUGGUGAUGCUCACAUAUACAAUGGGAGCGUGAGGCUCACUCGCGACCUCCAAGUACCUGACUCCGGCGCCGGGAGAGCAUUAUAUUCUAAACCGGUGAGAUUCCGGCAACCAGGAACUCAUUCUCCUUGUAGCUUCUCCACAUUCUUCUCCUUCUCCAUCACCAACCUCAAUCCUUCUUCAAUCGGCGGCGGUUUAGCCUUUGUCAUUUCCCCAGAUGCUGAUUUCGUCGGCGCCGGCGGCGGCUCUUUGGGACUCCUCGAUGAUAAGGGUCAGGGUUUGGGGUUCGUUGCGGUGGAAUUCGACACACUUAUGGAUGUAGAAUUCAAAGACAUUAAUGGAAAUCACGUUGGUUUGGAUCUCAACAGCGUGGUUUCUUCCCAAGUUGGUGACUUGGGAGCUUUAGAUAUUGAUCUAAAGAGUGGCAAUCUCGUUAAUUCAUGGAUCGACUAUGAUGCCUCAUUUGGAGUUUUUAACAUCUCCAUUUCCUACUCAAAUUUGAAGCCUAAAGAGCCCACCUUCUCAGUCGGUAUAAAUCUUGAUCAAUAUGUUAAUGAUUUCAUGUACGUAGGAUUUUCAGGAUCAACCCAAGGAAGCACUGAGGUUCAUAGUAUAGAAUGGUGGAGUUUUAGCUCUUCUUUCGAGUCAAAUUCAGGUUCGGGAUCAGCGUCAACUUCUUCUCCGCCGCCUCCAACGGCUAGUUUAAUGAACCCAACGGCUAAUUCUGUUAGAUCACCGCCACCUUCAUUGGCUCCUUCAGGUUCUGAUUCGAUUUCCAGCACUCAACAGAAGAGUAGUAAGUCUUCUUCUUGUCAUAACCAGCUUUGUAAACAGGGUCCGGGGGCUGUUGCAGGGGUGGUAACUGCUGGGGCUUUCUUUUUAGCCUUAUUUGCUGGGGCUCUGAUAUGGGUUUAUUCUAAAAAGUUUAAACAUGUGAAGAAAUCAGAGUCUUUUGCAUCGGAGAUUAUCAAAACGCCGAAAGAGUUCAGUUAUAAAGAGCUGAAAGCAGCUACGAGAUGCUUCAAUGCUAAUAAAAUAAUUGGUCACGGUGCAUUCGGGACUGUCUAUAAGGGUAUUUUGCCGGAUAAUGGCGACAUUGUGGCCGUGAAGAGAUGUAGUCAUAGUAGUCAAGGGAAGAAUGAGUUUUUAUCUGAGUUGUCAAUAAUUGGGACUCUUAGGCAUCGAAAUCUUGUAAGAUUGCAAGGAUGGUGCCAUGAGAAAGGAGAAAUUUUGUUAGUAUAUGAUUUAAUGCCUAAUGGGAGUCUUGAUAAAGCAUUGUUUGAAGCCAGAACGCCCUUGCCAUGGCCUCAUAGGCAGAAAAUUUUGUUAGGAGUUGCCUCUGCUUUGGCCUAUUUGCAUCAAGAGUGUGAUCACCAGGUCAUUCAUAGAGAUGUUAAGACCAGCAAUAUAAUGUUGGACGAAGCCUUCAAUGCAAAGUUAGGGGAUUUUGGUUUAGCAAGGCAAGUUGAGCAUGAUAAAUCGCCAGAUGCCACGGUGGCUGCUGGUACAAUGGGGUAUUUGGCUCCUGAAUAUCUUCAAACAGGAAGAGCAACUGAGAAAACUGAUGUUUUCAGCUAUGGAGCUGUGGUUCUAGAAGUGGCUAGUGGAAGAAGACCAAUCGAGAGAGAUGCUAAUGCGGCAGCAAAAGUUGGAGUGAGUGCCAAUUUGGUGGAAUGGGUUUGGAGUUUGCAUAAAGAAGGGAGAUUGUUAACAGCAGCUGAUGCCAGACUUGAAGGUCAUUUUGAUGAGGCUGAGAUGAGGAGGGUGCUUUUGGUUGGGUUAGCUUGUUCACACCCUGACCCACUGGCUAGACCCACAAUGAGAGUUGUGGUCCAGAUGCUGGUGGGUGAAGCUGAGGUCCCAAUUGUUCCAAGAGCAAAACCUUCAAUGAGUUUCAGCACUUCUCAUCUAUUGUUGAGCUUGCAGGACAGUGUAUCUGACUGCAAUGGUAUGAUUACAAUCUCCAGUUCCUCGUCAGAGAAUAGCUACGUUGGUCCUGACCUGGUGUAAUAAAAAAAAAAUUCUAAGGGCUGGGAUUCCACAAUCUUUCUUUAUUAAUUCAUUUAUUUAUGUAUGUAUGACACAAUCACAUAUAAUGUAAGCACUAAGUUUAGUGACUUGGGGAUUGCAAAUUUUGUGUUUUAAUCAAUGUUAAUGUAAUCCAUGGUAUGAUUAUAGAAAAAGGGCGGAAGGGGAGGGACCGGGGGGGCUCACAGCAGUUGGAGGCAAAGGAAAAUGGUGGGAAUCAUUCUCUUGCUCCUAUACGGAUGGGUAUUUUCCUUUGUGGAAGGUUGGCUAGUUGCUUUCACAAGCAAUCCCCAUUGUCAAAGGCAGACACGAGUUUGAGUAGAGGCUUGGUAAAGUAUAGUGAUGAAAAGGGUGCAUAUUUAUUAUUGACUUUUAAUCAAAGAGACUUUCCUUCAAUGGCGUUUGGUCAGGGUCUUGUAUCAAUGAAAUCAAGGAAGGAAUCAUUAUUAUUCUUUUCCCAUUCUCUAAA